GUGAUAGCAGCUGCCAAAAGGGGAUUCAAAGCUGUUGGUUAUGAAUUAAAUCCCUGGCUAGUCUGGUACUCCAGAUACCGUGCCUGGAGAGAUGGGGUACAUUGGAACACCAAAUUUUAUAUUUCGGAUUUAUGGAAGGUUUCUUUUUCCCAUUACACAAAUGUUGUUGUUUUUGGGGUACCUCAAAUGAUGCCACAGUUGGAGAAGAAGCUGCAAGAAGAACUUGAAUGUAAUGCCAGAAUCAUUGCCUGUCGUUUUCCUUUCCCUCAUUGGAUUCCAGAUCAUACUACUGGAGAGGGAAUAGACACUGUGUGGGCCUAUGAUUUGAAACAUUCUAGAGGAUGUGAAACAAAAAGCUUGGAAAUUACACGAGAGAUGGAAUCCUAA